GAAGGGAAAGCAAGAUGGCGGGGAGCGGGAUGGGCGGGGCGUCGGCGUGACGUGACGUGAGGCGCCGUCGCUCGGCGUUCACACAAGCCUAGGUUUACCUCAGCGGCACCAUGAGCAAAAAGAACCAGGUUUCGUACGUGCGGCCGGCCGAGCCCGCCUUCCUGAGCCGCUUCAAGGCGCGAGUCGGCUACCGGGAGGGGCCCACGGUGGACACCAAGGUAACGGCGACGAGCGCCCGCCCCGGGGCCCUUCGCUGGCCAGGCGGGGAAAGGCGGCGAGAGGGUCGCCCUGGUGUCCGGGCUCCCGCGCUUCAUAGAAGCGGAAGGGCCCACCGAGGUCGUCUGUAGUCAGCGCAGGGAUCUUUUGCCCAGAGUGGGAUUCGAACCCACGACCUUGAGCGUAAGGGUCUCGUGCGCUACCCGGUUUCGAAUUAGGGUUGCCGCCUCUGUUCUGGCAAAAGGCGGGGCGGUUGGGGGGGUCGAUUUCCCCCCCCAGAUCUGGUGCUGAAGUGAGUUCAAAGCUUUGCCUAACAUCAUAGUCCCUCUGGAAAUGCCACAAUUUGGACAGACCCAAAGCUUGAGUACAUGGCCUUUUGCACACCGUUUCAAACACAUUUGGAGAGGGGUCCCUAACUUGGAUCCUUGGUUAGGGAUCCUCUCCCUAACAAGUUAGGGAUUCCCACCUUGGCAAAGAUAGAGAGAAGAUUUGAAAUAACAGGACAAAACUGUAUCAAUACAGGAUGUAGUGUUUAUUUAUUUAUUUAUUAAUUAUUAAUAAAUAUUUUUAUUUGAAUAAAAAUCUCCCCUUGAAUCACUUUCUUUCCCUGGAGUAUCUUUCUCCCCCUGCAUCCUGUUCUCUUCUCUUAGGGAACAUCCUAACUAAUGAGAUCCCAAAUCUUUCACUCCCAAGUGCAGUUUUAUUCUUUAGCCAGGGUGGAUCCAUCAGAUUGUGCAAGAAAGAGAUGGGGAUAGGAAAAUAAUACCUGCUUUCUUGAGAAAGGAAGGAUCUGGCACAAUGACUGGUGUGCUAUUUUUGCAGAAACAAACAGCAGAGGGAGUGCAAGCUAAACUGAAUUAAUCUUACUCCUCGCACUUUGCAGCAUAAAUGGCCACUUUGACCAACGAUCCCAAACUAGCAUGCAUGGAAUGGCAUUGCUGGCUUUUGAUCUGGUGUCAAACCCUUAACCUGUGCUUCAUUUGAUAACAGAAGUUAUAGGUAGAUCCCGUUUUUUGCACCUGGCUAACACUCAAGGAUUACUGGAAUGUAUGUGCUUUGUAGCCUCAAAGUAUAUAUUGAGGACAGACAAUAUGUUAAGGUGUUUAACAAUAAAGAGCAGUUUUGAAAACUGAAGUGUGGUACCAAUAUUUUUAUUGUAAACACCAAAUUAAACAUGUAUUAACAAUUUCUGCUAAAAAUGUGAUAUUAGCAAGUGUCACUUAUGUGAAUUGCAUCUUAAUUCAUGCUUAUCAAAAUAAUAAAUAAAAUAAUAAAUAAUAAAAAGUGUUGCCGACACCCCCCAUGGCGACUAGACAUUCUGUUUUGGCGCCCACAACCCAGACCCCCAAAGCCAUUUGGCACCUACCUUUUCUGUCCCAGUUUUUAACACUGCAUCUCAUCCUCAUCCAUCAUCCACAGUAGCCAACCAGAUGCCUGUGGGAACCCCCAAAGCAUGACUUGAGCACAACAUCCCUCUCCCCACUUGAGAUUCCCAGCAACUGGCAUUCAGAAGCAUCACCGCUUCAAACAAUUGGUCCUAAACCCAGAGAAGUGCCUAUGUCAGAUUUGCAUGCAUAGCCAGGCUCUUUGUCUCUCUUGACAUAGCAGCCCUUGGGCUUUGCGCCACCAGCUGUUUGCGAAAGAAGUGGGUGAAGACUGAGCUUUGAAAGUGGUUCGUGUGAGUGAGACACAGUCCCAAAACAGAUAUGAAAAGCCCCGCUGCUCGUGCCCAGCCCUCGAGUGCAUGCAAAUAAGCUUGUAUUGAAUCUCUGUAGGCCUCUCUUGCUCUGUAUGAGGGUGACACACAAAUUCACACAAGCAAUCCAUAUUUUUCAUAUUUAGGCUGUUGAAGAAGGCUUCUGCUGAAGUCAUUCUAGAAAUUAAUAAUUGUACGAUUGUAGAAGUCUGGAUGAGCCCUGAGAAUGCCAGAGAUCUUGAUGGAUCAGCUGCAAAUCCAGAAAUAUACAGACAUUCUUGUGCACAUGCCGUAAUUUUUUAUGUGUGCUUCUGUGUUACAUCUGUGUUUCAAUAUGAAAAUUGUUCUUUACAAAUAAUAAUAAAAAAAGGUUUGCAAAAGUUUUUUUUUAAAAUUGUAUGAUUGUAGAAGUCUACCAUGCUGGUUUGGUUGUGAAGCAGUUGAUAAAUAAAUUAAAGCCAAAUAAAUAAAUAUUGCAGCCGCUCCAGACUUGUGCAUGUUUAUUAAACACGUGACUGCCCCUUUGGCUAUAAAGCAGGGGUAGGAGUUAACUUUUUACCCUUAAAAGGAGCAUGUUGAUGGAGGGGGGGAGUGAAACUUGCCCACCCCCCACUCAGCCUUACCCUGCCAUGCUCCUCUGCUUUACGUAGUUUUUUCCUUGCCAGUAGUGGAGCCAGGCAGGGAGGGGCAGCUUUAAGCAGCAGAGAACAGGGAAGUAAAGAUUGGGUGGGUAGGUUUGCCUCCCCUCUCCUGUGGGCUUUUUAAAGUAUAGAUACAUACCCCCCCCACACACACACUGUGUGGACAGAGCAUGGAUCACUCACUUGGUUAGAGCGUGGUGCUGAUAAUUCCAAGGUUGCAGGUUCGAUCCCCAUAAGGGAAAGCUGCAUAUUCCUGCCUUGCCAGGGGUUGGUCUGAUCAUUAGGGUCUCUUCCAAUUUCAUGAUUCUAUGUCUAUGUGAAUUUGCAUACAAUUAUUCUCUCUGUCCAAAAGCAAAGUCCAAAAGACUCAAGCCAUGCAGCAGUCUUGCUGAUGUUAUUCAGGUCUGGGUCUAGUCGCAGAGCAGACCUUCAGGGAACCCUAUACACGCUGCCUCGGCAGGGCAAAAACCUAACAAAUAGUAUUUUGCACGUGGAACUUGCAGCAAGACGUUGGAGUAUGGAAUGCUCCUGUUCAGGGUUCCAGCCUGCCUUCCAGCCAUGCCCUUUUGCAAGACAGACCUUUUCUGCAGUGGCUCCCCAUUUGUGGAAUGCUCUCCUCAGGGAGGUUCGGCUAGCCCCUUCAUUAUACCAGGCAAAAACAUUCCUCUUCAACCAGGCCUGUGACUUAUUGACAUUUGAUGCCCUUUUGAAUGUGUUGCGUGAGAGUUUUGUUCUUAUUUUUAAUUAUGUAUUUUGUGUUUUUUAUAAUGUAAUUUUAUGUUGCGAACUGCCUUGAAAUCUACAAGUGACGGGUCGUAUAAAAGACAGAUGAUAGAUAGAUAGAUCGCUAGAUAGAUCGCUAGAUAGAUAGAUGAUGAUGAAGGGCCGUGUACAAGAUAGAGAGAUAGAUAGAUAGAUAGAUAGAUAGAUAGAUAGAUAGAUAGCAAGUUUAGUUUGGACAAACCAGGCGAGAUCCUUUCUUAAUGAACAAAUUGUCAAAGGGAGAAAAGGCAGCAGAGUAUGAUAAAGAGGAGGAAAAGUAAUAUUUCCAUUUGUCCUUAGUUUCGCUUCUCUGACAGUUUCAUGCAGUGUGAUGGAAACCAAUUUGUAGCUCUGCAUUUGAUGUCUCGUAGGUUUGAUUGUUUUCCUAUUCUGCCUGCGCUGGUGAGUGUUCUGGGGCUGCAGAAAUGAGAAGCAGUACAAACCUUCAAGCUGGGUUGCAUUGCGUAGAUAAAAAGCUGUCACAUUUUGUAUUUUAGAUGCAAGCUGACUGACUAGUUGCACUUCACAGAAAUCUGAAAGCAUUUGAGUUGCUUUCGGUAUAAGCUGUCUUUGAAAAUCACAGAUUCGCAAAUCUAGACUGGAUUCCAGAAAGAUUGGGUGGAUUCCCAUUGGGCUCCCGGAAGGGCAUAUAUACACUCAUGGGGUCUGAGCUGGCGCUGACAGGAAUAUGAGACCUUGGGGUUGUAGUGGAUAGCUCCAUGAAAAUGUCAACUCCGUGUGUGGCAGCUGUGAAAAAGGCAUGUUAUGAAUUGCUAAGAAAGAAAUGGAAAAGAAAGCUGUUGAUAUCCUAAGUUGAUAAACUUGUGGUGUGACCGCAUUUCAGAUACACCGGGUACAGUUCUGGUCGCCUCACUUCAAAAAAGAUAUUGUAGAGCUGGAAAAGAUUCAGAAAAGGGCGCCAAAAUGAUCAAGAGAAUGGAGCAACUCCCCUAUGAGUAAAGGUUGCAGCAUUUUGGGUGAUUAAGAGGUGAACGUGGUAGAAUUUUAUAAAAUUAUGCAUGGCAAGGAGAAAGUGGAUAGAAAAAGCUUUUCUCCCUCUCUCAUAACAGGAGAACCUUGUGGUUGUAGGGGUAGAGGGUAAAAAUCAGCAAAAAUCACCUGUCCUGUUCUGUUAGUGGAGCCGUCUAGAUCCAAAGGUCUUGUGCGAGUGCAAGGGCACCAGUUGGAUUCUACCUGUUCAUUCUAGCUGAUAACUGGAAGCAAGUUUUGUGUAAGAUUUUUGGAAUCUGUAGCUGUAAACCAGCUCAAGAACAUUACAUCUUUUGCCUACUACUUUGCAGUUAAUGCUGCAAUCCUAAGCAUACUUACCUGGGAAAAAUGCAUUGAUUCCUGUAAGAUUUUCCAGUGAAAAUGGCUAGGAUUAGGCACAAGAGUGACAUGGUGUGUUCAGAAGUCCUUUAAACAGCAAUCCUCAAUACCCGCUCAAUUGGAAUUACUCCUGUUUAGGAUUGGGCCUUUAUGUUUUAUCUCAGCAAAACCUAGAACGGCAGGUCACUAUUUAUCCCAAUCGACAACUGAAAAAUGAACUGAGGCAGUGAAGGUGUAGUUUGUCCACAGGCUAACUUCACAAGAGAGGUAGGACCCGAAUGCCGCUUCAUGUUUAACCAACACCAGACUGCACUGACUGUUACUGUCUGAAAGUUUCCUUUUCUUUUUAUUAGAAAAGUAUUGGUUUCUUACUUACUGGACGUAGUACAUAAUUAAAUGCAUGGUUUGCCUCAAAGGGGCAUUCUUACAAUAAAACUUAAUGAUGUGUGGGAUUCAGGUGAUGUAGUUGUUAUUAGAAUUAUUUUACUGUAUAAAAGAAGACCCUUCAGAAAGAACAAGACUCAGGAACCUUUGACCCUCCAAGUGUUGCAGAACUACAAGUCCGUUCAACCCUGAUCAUUGGCUAUGAUGGCUGGGGGUGAUGGGAGUUGCAGUCCAACAAUGUCUGUAGGACCAGAGGUUCUCCAGUCCCGACAUAGAAGAUAACAGAGAGAAGCUGUUCCAGCCAGCCUUCUUCCUGACAUUUUAUAAUUUCAUGUUCUGCCAAUUCCGAUUAUUGUUUUGUCUUUUCCUUAACCCAAAAGAACUGGUCAGAUGGUAGUAGAUGACUGCAAAUCUUCCUUUUCUUACCUUAAAAUUAUUUUGGGAAUUACCAUCUGAGUAGCUUAGCUUUCCUCCUUUCUUCCAGAGAGAACAGCUCCCAGCUGAUGACGAUGAGGAUGGAAGCGACAAAGAGGAUGAACAGCCACAGGUGAUUGUUUUGAAAAAAGGGGACCUGAGUGCCGAAGAAGUGAUGAAGAUUAAAAAGGAGGUUAAAGAGACUCCCAAAGCCACAGGUACGUUUUGUAAAUACUAAGUUCAGCAUUCUUUACUAAGUAGAAGGACAGUUUCUAUCAAGCAGCCUUCUAAUUUGUCAGUUACUUUGGAUACGAUGCCUAUCCAGCCCCCUGGUCUGCUCACUUUGAUUUACUUAUUGCCCCUCUCCCUAGCACUCUCUCUGUGUUGAUCUUCCAAUACUGCCACCAAGUCCCAUUUCCCUGGUUUGCCAUUGCAAGUCGCUGGCUUUCUCCUUUCUGCAUUACAGCUGCUUCAUCUCUCUAGGGGCUCCUUUGGGUGUGCUUUCUCUCUCUCCUAGCUUUAGUUAGAGAUAAUAAGGUUAGAGAUGCAAGGUGGAACUUAAGAGCACAAGAGUGACAGCCACGGCAAAGGGACAGAAAGACAUAACCGCGUUUAAGGCAACUUCUUACUGUUCAUCUGUCUCGAGGGACAAUGGAGUGCGCCUCCUGGGGUGAAAUCAAACAGCUGGAGAGUCACAGUAGUCGCUGUGGCUGCAGAGACCAAUAACUUGUAACUGCUGCCUCCUGCAUUGUUUUUGCUGCGUUAUCAGCACCAAAGUGGCCUCUCUAAGGUGCAAGCCUGGUCAGCGUGUAUGGCGUUCAUGGGCUGCUUAGAUUAGUGUUUCCCAACCUUUUCCCAACCAUGGCCCCCUUCUGAACUUGUUUCCUUCCUGUGCCCCCCAUGGACACAAUACAAAUCUGAGGUUCUGCCCCAUUAACAAAAGCCUGCCCCCGACAAAAAUCCUGGCUACGCCCAUGCCCCCCUUGUCCUACUGGUAGAAAGGUAGCUAUUUAAAUGUUUUGUUUGUAAACAGUUAUUUGACACAAAGGGGGAAACCUACAUAUACAGUCCAAAAGGUGCACAGGGAGUUCUGUAUAAAGUGGAACCUCGUGUUACGUACCGUCCCCCAACAAAUGCUUUGGGUUACGCACUCCGCUAACCCGGAAGUAGGUGCUCCCGGUUGCAACUUUUGCCCUGGGAUGCGAGCGGAAGUCGUGCUCCGGCGGCGCGGCAGCAGUGGGAGGCACCAUUAGCGAAAGCGCGCGUCAUGUUAUGAGCUGUUUCCGGUUACGAACAGAUUAAUCCGGAACGGAUUAAGUACGUAACACGAGGUACCACUGUAUAUGGGAGAAAUUUUAAAAACAAGUGGUCCUCACUGACCUGGUGCAAAAAGAUCUUAUCAAGCAGCUCUGGCUUGUCCAGCCCUACCCAUUGUUGCCCCACCACCGCACUUACCUGACCCGGGGGUUCUGGAUCGUGGGCUCUACUUGUCAAAACGGGAGUCUCGGUGAUCGCCCUCUCCUGCCGGAAACAAACCAGGACUGCUCCAAGAAAACACACAUGGCAAAAAGGAGCGCUAGGACCCGGUGGGCCGCCCCCUUACUCGCUUGUGAUAGGCCAAGCGGUGCUGGAGAAAGCCAAAAGGUUUGCAGUCAGGAUUUUUUUAAAAAACAAAAUUGAUUUCUCCCUUCUCACUUCCCUCUGUGGCCCCCUAGCCUCCAUUUAUGCAAUUUUCACCUAUGCCCCCCUUGGAACAUCCUGGAGCCCCCAGGGGGCCAUAUGCUCCCCCAUUGGGAAACACUGGCCUAGAUAACAAGACACUUCACUGAUGUGGUCCAAAGGAAAGCAGACCAAUACAUUUGGCACCAGCUUGGCUGCAGGAGUUGGUGGAAAGAGGUGUACAAGAUACCACCCUCAGGUUUUACUUCUGAAGCUUUUCUCACAAUUGAGUACAGCCACAAGGCAGUGUAGGCUUUACGAUCAGAGUUUUCCUUCUCUAAGAUGGUGUACCUGCCUGAUUGACAAACCCCAUCUGCCCCUCACUUCCCUCUACAGCAUGCGCAGAAACUGCCUUCUUGACCAUUUGGACCUGCAUUUGGUCUCGUCCGCUCAAUCCGCCAGAGCCUGUCUUUUCAUGCAGGGAAAGUCCUUAACUCACUGAGGGUUUGAGCCAGCUACCCUCACCUGGUUUAGCUGGCCAGUCAAAGCCGUUUCCUGGGAUGUGGCUGCUGUCACGUGCUGACAGCUUCUAGGAGCCACAGGUGAGAGCUGAGUUCAGGGUGAGGACCAAAGGUGGACAAACUACCCCAGAACGAGCAUGAUGUGCCCCCCCCACCAGAGUUACCACCUCUCCCCUAACACCCCUUACACCCCAGCUGCUUAUAAUAUUGUGUAUAUAUAUCACAGUGCACACAAAGGAGAUAGACAGAAACACACAAACAUCAGUUUGGCAGUGAUUCCAUCAACCACAUUUCUUCAGAGGAUAAAGCAGAUCUCUCCUAACAGAAUUGUUUUUAGCCACAAUCUAAACAUUUUCACUUAACCUUAAUUUAUUGGUAGAAGCUAAAUUAGUUUCUAAAAAUGAAAAGAGCUUAAGUCUGUCUCUGCGCAACAUUUUUCUGUAAACCUUCCGCUUGAAUCCUAGAGAGAAUUACUGUCCUGUCAAAGGUAAUUUUUUCUGAGAUAAAAUUUCAUAGAAGCAGAAAAUGGUAAUUGGUGUAUAAUGCCUUUUUCAUGUAUUCAUUAUAAUCUCUAGAAUUGAUUUUUUUUCUGCUCCUUUUCUAGUACAUCUGGCCUCUGGGACAUCGUAAUGUAUGCACAAGUCCAAAAACUUGGCAGCGAGUGUCCUUACUCAUUCAAACUGUAAUAUUAUUCUAGUCUUGUUCAAUUUGCUUGGUUUCUCUCUCUCUCUCUUGUUUAGUUUUUUUUUUUUUUUUAAGCCAUAUGCCACACAUUAUCUGCUUGGGCAUCAAAGUACACUUUCUACAUCCCAAAGUGCUGCUUUAGCACUUUGUGAGUUUGUGCUGACGUGUAGCUGAUCGGCAGCCUUACUGACUUGCUGUUAUUUCAAUAACCUUGUGUAUCACUUGACUUUCAACACCCGGACAAUAGAUUGGUUUCCAUCGCUCUUUAUUUCAAUACUUUUUUCAGGGGAGAAAGAGAGACAUAUUUAGUUUAAUGAUGCCGGUGGUCUGAGAAUUGUGAGGUACCAUACCAGUGGGAACAUUAGAGCAAAGCCUUUAUGAAUAAGUGGCUAGAGGAACAUGUACAGUUGGUGCUGGAGAAAGCCAAAAGGUUUGCUGUUAAGCUAUUCAGUCUUCUGCCGUUAGUGAGUAAAGAUCAUGUUGAUGAGCCCUCAGCCCUGCCGUGGUGACAGAUCUACAUGGCUUUCCUGCUUCUGUCUUGAAUUGCUGGCAGGCAAAGGAAGCCUGGAAGAAAGCUCCAUUUAAUAUGGGACUCCAUUAUGGAGAAAGAAACUGAGCUCUGUGCUGUGUCUCUUAAGUUCUGCACAGCAUUGUGGAAACUGAGGAUUGUAUAGAUGCCUUUGCAGUCUCACAGUACCCCUAUUGAAAUAGACUGUUAAGAGGGUGGCUUCACAAUAUAAGUUUUUAAAGCAUAAUGUGUGUGUGAAACAGAUGCAUAUUUUCAGUCACAUCAGGAUCCCACGAUGUGUGCAUUUCUUGCUAUAUAAUGUAAAGGUGGCCUGACACAUGAAAUAAUUGCAUCUGAUCCCUAGUACAGUCGUACCCUGGUUUUCAAUCACCUUGGGAGUCGAAUGUUUUGGCUCCCAAACGAUUGAAAACCAGAAGUGAUUGUUCCGGUUUUCAAAUGUUCUUUGGAAGCCGAACGUCCAACGUGACUUCCUGCAGCCAGUUGAAAGCUGUGCCUUGGUUUCUGAAUGUUUUAGAAGUCAAACGGACUUUCGGAACAGAUUCCGUUCGACUUCCAAGGCACCACUGUAAUUUUUUGAUAUUAUAAUAUAAAACAACAACCCAUCAACUUUCUGCGAAGAACCCACAGAGAUAAAGAAAUGACAAUUCUGGGAACUGAAUUUGUGUGUGCAUGCAUAUAGAACUGUGAUUUACCUCUUUUAAAACAAGGUUUUUCUUUUUCCCUUUUGAAAUUGUCUUAAUAAGAUUCAAAGUGGAGAAUAAAGAUAUCUUUGGAAUGGCUGUGUUUUAUUCAGCUAAGUCGUACUCAGAGUAGACACAUAGAAAUCAAUGGACCUCAGUUGGUCAUGUCCAUGAACUUUAAUGAGUCAACCUUGAAUGACAUACCUUCAAAGUGCUCCCACAGGAACCCCGCCCCACCAAACCACUUUCUCCAAGGCUUUCUUUUUUAAAAAAAGUUUUUAUUUAUACUUUUCAAAUUUAUACAUUUCAUUAGUUUUACAAUCAAUUUAACAUUUCAGCGUUUGACUUCCUUCCCCCUCUUUCUGCAGUUCCUUAAAUUUAUUUUUUAAUCUCUUCCGCAUAUCCAAAUUCAUUUAAUUUGCUCAUUUAAUUAUCUACUUUAAAUAUAUACUCUUAUGAGACUGCAGGUUAUUACAAUAAUCCUGCUACUGUUCUUACCUGUUUGCAAUUUAUCUGUAAGUAUUCAACAAACCAUUUCUAUUCUUUUAUAAAAAGUUUGUUUUCUUGAUUUCUGUUUUCUUGAUUUCUUAUUUUCCGGUAAGUUCCACGAUUUCUGCAUAUUCCAUAAGUUUUUGUAUCCAUUCUUCCUUUCCUGGGACUUCUGCUUCUUUCCACUUUUGGGUGAGUAACAUUCUUGCUGCUGUAGUAGCAUACAUAAAUAAGUUUCUAUACAAUUUAGGUAGCUCUGUCCCUAUAAUUCCCAAAAGAAAAGUACUGGCUUGUUGUUUUUUGACAAAAGUUAUUUUGAACAUCCUUUUCAUUUCAUUGUACUGUAUAUCAUUUCUCAGUAAGCUUUCUCCAAGGCUUUCUUAAUCACUGGAGGAAUAUGAAGUUAGUUCCCCAUCAUCUGGAACUUCUCCAGGUUUUUGUGGCCAGGGUUCAAAAUCCAAGGUGGAGGACUUUAUUUGGGAAGGACCAGGAAACUAGUAAGAUGCCUCCUGAGAGCCACUGCUGGAGAGCUUAGCCUCUGAAGGUUCUUAGUCCAGGACCACAGCAAUGACACAAACAGUAUUUGUUUAAAGGAUUUUAAACAACGUCAUUUGUUUAGCAUUGUCCCCAGUAACAUUGCCAGCUAUUUUUAAAACAUUUGUUUCCUUGUUUGUGCCAAAUAUGUUCUUCCUGGGCAGCCUUAGCUGUGCUGAUCUGUUAAAGUUUUAAUGUUGUUAUUAAUGUUUUAUUUCUCUUUCUGUCAAAAUUAACUUCUGCUUCAUUUCUGUAAAACCUAACCAUUCACCGGCCUACAACUGUCAGCUCACUUUCGAUAAAAAGCAAUUCCUCUCAAAUUCCUGGCUUUGGCUGUUGUCAGGCUUCUAACAGCAUUUGCUUCUUUUACAAAUCCCUCUCUGAACUUUUCAAAGAUAGAUAGCUCAUCAGUUUCUGGAGGUCAUUGGCCCAACUGUAGGAUGCGGUAGAAAUCCAUCACUCUUGUAUCUCAGAAUGGGUGAGAUGUAUUUUGUUCCUAGCUAAAGGGAAAGUAUCCUUUCUUCCUUGCUUUUUUUGCAGGCCCUCACAAAUCAAAGUUGCUUUCCUUCAACAUGUUAGCCAAGCUGAUUUAGGACUUCAUCUCCACUUUCUCAUUCUUCCUGCAAACUGCUUGCAUAAGACUUUACCUGUAGUCAUUCCUCGCUGAUUUAUUCCCCAGUUCACCACUGCUGACAAUGUGGAGCGGAGUCAAGGGCUCCCAAAAUUGGUUGGUGUUGUUGAUUGAAAGGCUUUGAUCUCCGUGAGCCAGUGUAUCCUAUCCUAGUUCUCUCAUCUCUCUCUGCUGGCAGGUUUUCUUUUCUUCCGUAGAUAAUCUAUGAGUCAAGGUCUGAUUUUUUGGGUGUGUAUUUGUGUGUGUGUGUGUGUUUCAUUAAAAACAUUGUUACAGGAUAUUUAUACUAGUCCCUCUGAUUUCCACAUCAUCAGAAAGAUCAACCCUCUCUCAGUGCUACUUUAAUUAACACACCGCCAUAUGAUCUAGAAAAUCCACCAUCCCAAAAUGGUGUACACCCCCUCAGGCAUUGGCAUCUGUCUGCUCUGCAUCUUCUACAAUCAUGAGCAGGGUGGAUAAAAAUCAAUGUUUUUUUUUUUAAAAAAAAUUUAAAAAUAGGAUUUUUUAAAAUUUAAAUUGGAUUUUUUUAAAUUUAAAAUGGAUUUUUAAAAUAAAAUGCUUUUGGAGGAAAAAUAUUUCUAAAGGUAGUUUUCUGUUUUAAGUUACAUUAUAGUCCAAAAGCUAGUCAUCAGGAAAUAAGGAUUUGUUUUAAGUUUUUCAUGUGUGCUAAAACUCAAAGGUUUUUUUAAAAAAUUGUUUAACCAAAUCAGUUAACAAACAUGGAUACAUAUGCUAUAAUGUUAUUGUUUUAGUUAAAUAAAUUGUUUAAAUUGUUAUUAAGGAAAUGAUUCUUUUUCUCCUUCCAGUAAAGCACAGCAGAAAAGUUGUCCAAAUAUAAACAGUUAACUUAUUAAAUCUCAUGAUAAUUUCAUAAUUAUCUGUCUAUGUAUUUCUAAUAGUAUAACCAAAUCAGUAAUUUUUGAUAUAACUGUAAAAACUACUCUGAAAAUUUAUUAUUCCAAAAAUGAAACCGUCUACUGGUUGUAAAUAUUAAGAUUAUACCAGCAAGAAUGAGUCUUUCUGUAAAAAAGAAAAGAAAAAAAGAUUUAAAUCAAGUCUUACUGACUAGUGAUUUAAAUCGAUUUGAUUUAAAUCAAAUCCACCCUGAUCAUGAGCUUUCUUUUGAGUCAACUUUCUGCUCAUCACCUGCUCUUCCUUCCUGCCAGCCCUUGGAGUCAGCCACUUUCUCCCAGUGCUGGGGGAGGCCAUUAAUUUUGUUUGGAGUUCUGGCAGCUUUCAGUGGAGACAAGGAGCGAAGUGGGAGUCUUGGCCAGUCCAUGGGUAGUAAGCCAUAAAAUGAGACCUUGUACGGGAGAGUAGAGAGAAAGAGAGAACAUCAGCCCAGCUCACUCCUGCCCUACCUGUUCUGCCUUAUUUAAUUCAAAAAGGCAGCGGCGUCGAGCAGUAAUGGAGAACCAGCUCUUGUCUUUGCUGAGGUCUGAAUGCGAAAUUCUUAGAAUACAUAGCUGAGUUUGCUUGGAUCACAGAACUAGUUUUAAAUAGGGUAAUUGUUACAACAAGAGUGCAUUCUGUACUCCACUUUGUUCAUAUCGAAUCCACCUUUGCACUGCUUUCCAUGACAGCCUUGAUGGAAAAGGUACCAUGUACCAUCACAGCUGUGGCUUAUUAUAAAUCUCAAGAUAAUGGUGUUGCAAGGGCACAGAGUAAGUUAUUAAAUGAAGAUCAAUCAACCACAGUGUUUCUGGCAAGUUUCUAUUAGAAAAUUGAUUUUUAAAACAUUCUGUUACUUAGUUAAGAAAAAUGUGUUGCCGAGGAGAAGCUUAGAUUUUUCUUUCAAUGCUCCGCCACCUAUAAAUUAUCAAAAUUGCAAGCCAUCUCAGCAUAACGCUUUGCUUGUGAUUCAUGACACUAGAUUUCAUACCUAGCAAAACAGUUUUGAGAUGCUUCAAUCUUGCCGAUGAUCUUCAUCUCGCACAUUACCAGUCUCAAGAGUUUGUCUUCAUCGACUUCCUCAAGCAACAUUUACUAGCCUUCACAUACUGCAUUAUGAUGCCCUUUAUGCACCGUGGUUGCAAUCCAUCAGUCAAUGCCUCUUAUGCAACCACCAUUUAUUUCAAUGCGGGUUUCACCUAAGCUGUGCUGCGGGGUUUGGUAGGUUUUACGCCUUGUAUGUGCACAAUGACAUAGUUUCAAUGUGUUGACCAGACCGUGAUUUGGCUGUUGUGAAUGGACUAUAUUCUGUCCUUCCAAUAAUAAUAAUAAUAAUAAUAAUAAUAAUAAUAAUACCUUUAUUGUCAUUGUACACAGGGUGUACAAUUAAUUAAAUUAAAUGAGCCUCCCUCCCUUUACAUACUCAAGAUUCCCUUCCUGGUCUGUGGUAACUAUAUUAUUUUAUUUAUUAAUUGCAUUCAACGAGCUCAAGGUGGUGUACAUUGUUCACCCCCUCCACUUUUAACCCCACAACAACCCUGUGGGGUAGGCUAGGCUGAGAGGCCCAAGGUCACCUGGUGAAAUUCAUGGCUAAUUUGGGGAUUUGAACUCCCCAUUUGAACAGGUCAGAGUCUAUUAAAUUGGCAAGAGGCAGUCCUUAAUUUCAGUGGGUCUGCUCUUACAGUAGUUAAGCUUGGUUGGAUACCAUCCAUACUGAUAGUACCUGGAAAAAAUAAGGAAACUUUCAAGUUUAGGGUCGUUUUAUUUUUUUAAUUUUCAUUUACGAAUACGAUUUAAGUUAACUGUGUGCUUACCUACUACAUUAGUUACGAAGAUUCUUUGUAACGUUUGCCAGUUUCCUUCAGAUAGUUGCAUCAGAUUUCUUCCACUCUUGCUCGUUUUGAAGUCAGGUGAUCCUGGGCUUUCAUGUAUGAAAUUUUGAGAAAUUUCAUUGCAGUGGGUCAGAUCAACAUAUUAUAGUGGCAGCACAUCACUGGGCCAACCUGACCUUGUUAUGACUUCCACCACAUAUAGUGUAACUAAGACAGAAUGGGGGGGGCAGCAUAUUUAGACAAAUUAAUAUUGAGAAAGACGGAAGGCUACCUUAUAAUUGCUUAGACAGCCUUUCUCAACCUGUGGGUCCCCAGAUGUUGUUGGACUACAACUCCCAUCACCCCUAGCUAGCAAGGCCAGAGCUCAGGGAUGAUGGGAGUUGUAGUCCAACAACAUCUCGGGACCCAUAGGUUGAGAACCACUGUCUUAGACCAUUGCUUCAUUUUAACAUUGUCUGUAGUGGCUCUACAGAGUUUCAGAUUGUGGUGUCUCUCAUCCAUUGCCUGAAGAUACUGCAGAAUAAGCUUAUGCACUGCUGCGGCCUUUUACCAGGAUACUUGAGCUAUCCGGUAGGAUUAUCAUACUUUUUUGAAACUCAGAAGGUGGGAAAGUAGAGAUGCGAGAGUGUGCACAUAAAGGACUAUUUGCAUUCUUACCCUAGAUGAAGAAGCUGACUCUGGAGAUGGAAAGAUUAUGUUUAGGAAACCUCCUAAGCGUUCAUCAGAAGAGAAGUACUCCGGUUUGACGGCCACAUCAAGUAAGAAGAGAAAAGAGACAAAGAGGAUUUCUCCAACCUCCCAAAAUACAACCAAGCAAGUAAAAAAUAGCAGCUUGCUUUCGUUUGAUGAAGACGAGAGUGAUGAUUAGGAGCAGAUUUGGAUAGACAUACAGUUUUUCCUCACAGGCAGAAAGUUGAGCUGAGCGCACCAUGGAAACAGACACGGAAUGGGACUUUUAAUUUUAUUUGAAUGCUCAUCUAUAGUCAUGAAAGAUCUUUGAACAAAACCAUGGAAAAAAAUGAAAUCCGUACAAGUUUAAUAUUCCACAUAAUGGAAUCUUUAUUGGUGCACAUAUAAAUUUUCAGAGAGAUUUAUCUGCCAGCCAGUCCCCUUAUUUUGUUUCCACAAGAAUUUAGUGUCAAAAGAUGGCAUCUGUAUGUGCAUAUUUACUCAAUUACACCUGAUUACCCAAACGGAAGAAUGUAAGGUCUGUUUACUGUGGACUAAAAAUGUAUAAUGUUGCUUUGGCAAAGCUGUCUGUCGUAUCUCAAAGGACCGAAAGAAUUGCUGGGAUUCUGAUCACACUGGGCAUAUUGAUUUCAAAAGAAGAAACCCUGCCGCAGAGUGUCCUUUAGUGGAAAAAUAUUUGGAAGUUCAGUGUGUUCUGUAACCAGGAAUGGAUUGUGUGUUGCUACAAAACAUGUAGCAGGAUUAACAAUGUAAAGCUUCAUCAAGGAGCUGGUCUGAUGUUGCUGGGUGCAACAGCUGUUUUUAGUAUAGCUGAUAUUUUAAUGCCAUGAUUAAAUGGCUGCGUGAAAUUAUUUUCUGUGAUUCAGUUUUUACCCACUGUUCUUGAGAGAAUAAAACUCUUUCUCCCCAGGCUAUAACUUAAACUUUCUUAGCGGUAUUUUCCCCCAAAUUAUAAAUGAUUAUCCUUUAAUCUAGAAGGUAACAGAGGCUCCAAACAUAUGGAGACUGAAAAGACCCCAAUGAAUGGAUUAUCCAGUCUCACUCUGAGUCUUAAGAAAGGAUAUCCUGUUUCUAAAGCAUUCGGGACAGAUGCUUAGGUCCAGCCCACUUCUUUCUUCUAUGACCUCACAUCAUCUCUGAUAACUAAGAGUACAAACUAUGGUUAUGCCAUUGAGUUUCACUUCCUCCUUCCCCACGUGUCUUAGUGACAGCAGUUAAGCAUAGCAUCCUUUCCCCUUGGAGCAGACUGUGAAGCUACUCAGCAUGUGCAAAUGUCCCAUGUGGAGAGGCAACACAACGUCUUCCUCAAUUUAUUUCAGUAAUCCAGAGAAGGGGACAUCACCCAGUUACAGAGUUAAGGACAUUCAGCAGGCUUAUGCCGACUAUGGUAUUCAGAAAAAUAUCUAUGGCAGGCAUCUUCCCAUAUGGGAUUUGUGGGUGCAUAUAUCUGCAUGUAGUCAGCACCACAUACCACUGGAAGUUCCUAGAUUCAUAAGAGAGGAGGUGCAGAAUUAUCAUCAUUGGUGCCUAUCUAGCCAUGGCCACUGUGGUGAUACAUCACUGCAGCAGCUGAAUGGCUGGUGGUAGCAACUGCCUUUACUUUCCUUCCUGAUAUCCCAGGACUACAGCAACACAUAAUAUCGCCAUGUGCAAACCCUCCCCCUGACAAUGUGACACAUUCUCACACAUUUGGUACAAUAGAGUAUGGUGAAGAGGAGACUUUCUGUGCCCGGAUGUCCUCUGGACAGAAAGACUGACUGAUUUCUUGGAUAGUUUAUGAACCAAAGAGUAGCUCCAUCUUUCUGCAGAUCAGUUUGUGUAUUGGAAUGCAUCUCCCUGAUACAUUCCCAAGAUACAGUGGUACCUCGGUUUUCGAGUGUCUUGGAAGCUGAAUGUUUCGGUUUUUGAACGCCAGAAACCUGGAAGCAAUUGCUGCCGUUUUUGAACGUGUCUCGGAAGUUGGACGUGUUUUUCUAUUUUUCCAAUUGAACUUGCAGCCAGCCCUUUGCUCCUCGGUUUUUUGAACGUUUCAGAAGUUGAAUGGUCUUCUGGAAAGGAUUACAUUCAAGAACCUGAAGUACCACUGUACCACAAUUACAGAAACUGCUAAUGCAGACAGACAGACAGACAGACAGAUAAAUAAAUAAAUAAAUAGUUUAUAUGAACUUCCCUUGCAUUUGGCUAAAGUGGAGCUUAUGUAUACACACACUUCCUGGUUGGUUCCACUGCCAUUUCCCCUUUUCAGCAGGGUUGAAAGUAAUAAGGAUACAGCAAUAAGGGGCAGUUGAUGGAGCAGAAGCUUUGGUCUAAAAGAAGGUCUGGCCUGCAGGUUGUGGUAAGAGACCGGGCCUGGAUUUGAGAGAGAUGGAAGAUGGCAUGCUGAAAGGAGGGAAGAACUUUAAGGAUGGAAGAGUUCUAUUAGAGAGAAAACAGAUUAGAUUCAGGCUGAAGAAGUGGGUGGGGUUAUUUGGAGUGGGAUGAAACUCAUCCGUAACACAAAAGCACACACUGAAGUUGCUGAACUACAACUCCCACCAUCCCAGACCAUUGGCUAUACUGACUGGGGCUGAUGGUAACUGGGUUCCAAGAACAUCCAUAGACUCCAUACUGCUAUAGUAAGCCUAAACAGGAAUUCACAAUGUGCGGGUGGGUUAUAUGCAUGAUUGUGGACUUCUGUUGCUAAACUAAAAGGAAAACUAAUGUGCACUUCCAGAAAAAGAAAAAGGGCAAUGAGAAUUCUGUGUUUCUGGGAUGUGACUGUAUUAAAUAUUGUUUAUGCUGAUCACCGUAGUGUAUAGCUGUUUGCCUGCUUAACCAAUGAAUAAAUGUACUCUCCAAGGAACUGGAAGUGCGCCAGAAAUCCUCUGGACUCUGUUUUCU